AUGGGGAACAACAACAGCACCGGGGGUGCGCGGCCGCAUGGGCCUGGCGACGCAGGUGGUUCGUCGAAUUUGGCGUCGCGCCCGUUAGGAGCGCCAGCUUCUUCCCAUGCAAACUCUCAGAGCAGUGCGGCGGCCAGUGGGUCUCUCCUGCGGGGUCACUGCUACGCAUGCGAUGUCAGGGGACCGGCCACAGUUGAUUCCGCGUCCGGCGAUCUCGUGUGUGGAGGCUGCGGCGCGAUCGGUUUCGUUGAACGUUUGCCGGAGACGGCGACCGCUCCAAGUUCGUCUGUCCCACCUACUGCAUCAGGAAUUCCGACGGGAGCACCUGGGUCUGCGACUUCUGACCCGGCAGCUGUGGUCGAGAAUGCGUUUGGCGUUCCCGUGGGAGAGCUCAUGGCUCAACUGAUGGGCGGUUUGGCGGGACUGCAGUCCGAGGACACCGGCCUUUUUUUCUACGGCGACGCAGACUUUGAAGAACAUGGAGCAGAAGGCAGGUCUCCCAGGCGCGCCUCGCAAGGAGACCCGCUCUGUCCGCGCGUCGUCUUCGGCUCGGAGCAACAGCGACAACAAGAAGAGGCGCGGCGAAUGAUGCGCUCUGUCUUCGGGACGUCAAUCGGGCAGAGGCCGCUUGGACACGGCGCUCAAGGCGCCGACGGACCGGCGCAGAAUGCCGGUCAAGCCCCGUUCAUUCAGAUUGGAAACCUCGUCAUGCAAGCUCUGAACCAGGCGCUUUCUGGCGGGGCAGCGGCGGGACUCGGUGUCGGCGAAGAUGCGAUGGACCAGAUUCUCACGAUGAUCAUGCAAAACGAUGUCAACCGAUACGGAUCGCCGCCUGCGGCCGCGUCUGUCAUUCGCAGCCUCAGAGAAGAAACUCUAACCGAGGAGCAAGCAAGAGAAGCGGGACCCUGUGCAAUCUGCCAAGAAGAUUACCGCCGCGAAGAUAUCGUACACCGGUUGACGGAAGACGCCUCACAGUGCUCGCAUGUCUUCCACCGUCAAUGCAUCAUUCCGUGGCUCGAGCAGCACAACUCAUGUCCAGUGUGCCGGUUUGAGCUACCAACUGACGACGCUGCGUACAACCAACGACGAGCGGAACUUCGGAAUCGUGUUCGAAGUACCCUCACGUCUGUCGCAGCUGCCGCGUCGAAUUCGUCUUCUCCGUCUGCGCAAGGGCUCGCGGGUCAGGGAGGGGAGUGCGAAGCUGCAAGUGAAGCGGAACCACACGCCACGUCGACUUUUUCUCAAAGUGGUCAAGAGGCGACUGAGGGAGAAAGGGACCGUGACGCGGAACGCGAUCAAACGUCGAACAUGUCUGGACAAAGUGAACGACGGCCAUCCCCAUCGGCUUCUGCGAACGAAACUGCAGGUUCUUUUUCGUCUUCAUCUGCAUCAUCUUCCUUUUCUCCAUCUCAUCGCUCGUCUUCUUCAUCUGCAUCUUCUUCCUCUUCUUCAUUUCCUUCCUCUUCUUCAUCAGAUUCUGUUCCACCACGUUCGACAGCCUAUUCGUGGGUGGCUAGUGGCCCAUCGGCUUCUUCUUCCGCUCGUUCCUCUUCGUCGCCUGUAUCUGCUGCCGAUUCUGGAGGGUUGCCGUUCUCCCAGUCGACGGCUUCGAACUCUCAGUCGGAGCCGUUUCAAGCGUUUAGUUUCUCUGCGACUUCGCAGCCUUCGUCGUCUGGUCCUCGACAGUUUGCCUUCUCUUCAUCGCCGCCCUUCUUCGGAGUCGGAGGCGGCAUCGGCUUCGUUCCUGGCAUGAUUCACACAGCUCAGUUCCCUCCGCAGUUCUUCCAUGCUGAAUCUGCUGGGCCAGGCGCCGGCGCCACCUUCGGGGCUUCAGUUCCUCAGAGCGGUCCCGGCGUCGGACAUGUUUUCGAGGCAUCUGUUGGGUUUGACGAUCCAGAAACAACGCAGCAACAAAUCCAGGAAAUGAUGCAGCAGAUCUUCACAGGCAUGGCAGGGGGGCCUCCGGGGUCCCAGACCAGGAGCCAGGACGAGAGCCGAGACACCCGGCGCGGCUUCGACGGUCGGGAAGACGGCUGUCGACAGCAGUGAAGCGGUGAAAAGUUUUCUCCGCCGGUCCCUGUGGCGGUCCUGUUGUUGUGGUGGCUGUUGGGUGUGUGCAAAAAACGGGGAACAUUUCAGAAACGUCGCUGGACUUUGAAGGCGUAAGACAGGGGGGGAUGAUGCAGAAGGAUGUUCAUCGAGUGAGAGGUUUGCGAGAUUUUGUGGUUGCGGGUGCAUGUAAAAGAGGGUGGAUGAACCCAGGGGUAAGCGGGAAACACGAUUAGGAAUAUAACUGCAAUGCCUGUCUGAUUUCGCGCUUCUCUCGUGCGUCCAGCACGGGACUCAGGAACUGAGUGGUCGGCGGCAAACUGUAAAAGUGAAGUCCUGGGGGGAAUAGAGAGAAGGAGGAUGUAGAUGAUAGGAAUUGAAAGCAAUUCCUGUUGGGGUUGAAGGCGGGCGGUAGGAGCAUGGACAAGCUGUUGAAGCAACUUGUUGAUUUGUCUUUUCUAUGCGGUGAAAUGUAGACGUGUCCCGCCUGCUCACAUGCGGGCACCGAUAAUAAGAAGAGAAAUGCGUGAUCCAGUCCCGGGGAUAGGUAUGUGUACGUGGUCUCGAUUUUGAGUGGCUUAUCUGGGAGAGCUGCAGGAAACUUUAAAGAGGAGUAACGAAUUCUUGUUUGGUUUGGUGAAGUUCUUUCCCAAGGGUGUUCGGCGUCGUGGGCACCUGCGUUCUGCUAGCUGCUUCCGAAUGCAAUGCACCAAGAAAAGAAGAUUCAGACAGCUGCGUGAGUGCGUGUCCCGUUGCUCAGCUAGUGACGUUUGUGGGGCGCCUGUGAUUUGAGAGAACGUGGGGAGAAACGGGGAGAACGAAACGAGGCAGCGCUGCAAGUGUGUAGAAGUGGAAGUGGACGAUGCUGUUUUACAAGAACGUCUUCAUUUCUGUCCGGGUCGAGACAUGUGGCGUUUCUGUUUUCCGUGUUUGUUACUCGGUAGACUGAGAUAUCAGUCCUAUUUACGGAUUCUUUUUGUCCUUCCCUCAGGCUCUUUCAGUGUG